AUGGUAGGCAUGGAGGGAGAGGAGGAUAUUAUCCCCCGCCGCGGGCGCCGUCGCCGGCCGUCACCCAGCGGCGAUUCCUACCAUGCAGCUCCGCCGCCGCCGCCGCCGCCAAACGCUCGCCCGGGCCUCCUCCCCCUCCGGCCCUGCCGAUCGGCGGCCCAGCUGCGUCCCGGCGUGGCUCCUCUCCAGGAGCGGGGACGGCCCGGACCCUUGUUGAGCUCGAGUAAUAGGAUUCGCGGCGGCGGCGGCGGUGGGGAGGUUGGGUUCCCGAUUGACGAUUUGCCUCCUCCGUACUCGUCCUUUGCCCCGGCCGGUCACGACACCAACACCAAUAUCAACGGCAACACCCACGCCAACGCCCACGGCGGUAGUGGCGAGCUGCAACGCGCGCAGAGCUCCUCGGCCCUCUCGCAAGCCGGCCACACCACGUCCAACAACACAUCCCCCCCGCUAUCCGUCGCGUCCAUCUCCUCGCCGUCCCUCCCGCCCGCCUCCCAGCCGUCCAAGGCGUCGAAAUGGAAAACUGCCCUCGGCGAGGCCCAGUACUUCGCCGGCGGGCUCGUCAGCCACCCCGCCGAGUCGACGCGCCACUACAGCAUCAUCCGGCACUCGCACGCCCUGGUCUGGUACCGCGGGCCCUGCACCUCCGUCACCGUCACCGUCCUCUCCGACGUGCCCCUACUAGAAGAAGAUAAAGCUACUGCGGGCUCUGAUAACCGCCGCCGCCGCCGCCGCCCCUCGCUCUGGCUGCAGGAAAAGGGCUACUCGGGCGGCCUCGGCAUGGCCGUCAAGGCCCUGGUGGGCUCCACGGGCCGCUGGAUCGACGUGACGCCCGCGCGCGAGGCCCGCCCCGAGCACAUCCCCGAGGCGGACGAGCGCGCCAUCCAGCGCGACCUGCGGCGCUUCGCGAAGCGUGCCUCGGGGCGGGUCAAGGCGCAUGUGCCGCGCGAGACGUACGUGGUGCGCAUCCCCGCGACGGCGACGGACGGCUACUUUCGUCUCGUGCUGUGCGCGGGCGGCGGUGGUGGCGGUGGUGGUGGUGAGGAGGGAAAGGAGAAGCAUUCGGCGCCGAAACGCGUCCUAUGCGGUAGCCCCAUCUUCCGCAUCGCCAGCACGUCGACCGACGUGGCCGUGGUGCGCGGCGCGAGCCUGAGCACCAUGCCGCUUGAGGUCGGCGUCAAGGUCGCCAGCACCAUCGGCCAGCAGGUGGCCAAGAAGUACGCCGGCGUCGCGGGCGCCGUGGUGCAGAACCGCGCCGCCAAGGUCGCGCACUACGCCGCGGCCAAGACGGCCGCCAGGACGGCCGUCGAGACGUAUCACAAGGUCCCCGGACUGGCGAGCUCGGUCAGCGAGAGCUGGCAGCGGGGCAGGCAGGAGCGGGACAACUGGCAGCAGCAGCAGCAGCAUCUCCGGGAGCCGACUGUCAUUGCCGUCAUUGGGCCCGACGCAGGGCCCUCGGCCCCGUUUCCCGUCUUGUUUGACGGAAAGGUUGUCGCGAGUAGUAGACAGUCUGCGGCGGCAGAAGAGCCGUGCUACCGCCACCCGCCGACCGCAACCCUCAAGGGCGUGCCCGACGCCAUCAAGACGCGUCUGGGCGGCGGCGUGUUCGCGGCGUGGGCCAUGAUCGCGCCGAUGAAGGGACUCGACAACGCCGUGGACAGCGACUGGCACGAAGCCGUCGUCACGAUCGCGCCGCCGCGCGACGCCACCCCGAGCGUGGCCAUGCGCAACAGCGUCGCGGUGCACAUGGCGUUUGACUUUGACGGGGCGACCUUUUACGGCGCGACGCUCAAGGUCCUGCUCAUGGGCUACCUCCGCGCGGCGUCGCUGCCCACGGGUCCCAGCGGCGGCGACGGCGAGCAGCAGCGGCAGAAGCUGGCCGAGGAGCACGCGCACGACGUCAUGACGACGCUCGCGAGCCUCGGGCGGGACGCCUGGCGGCGGCCGCGCGACACGCUCGCGCAGAUGCGGUCCGUCGCCCGCAGCGAGAGGAGCUUCUCCGACAGGCUGGUGGCCGAGGCGACGGGCCGGGUGCAGGAGCAGGUGGACCGCAUCCCGCUGCACUGGGCGGGCGUGCGGUCCGAGUCGGGGACGGCGCGCGACGGCAUGUUUGGCAAGGGGGGGCUUUGGAUCGCGCGGUAGGCGACAUUCGGGAGCGAGCGAGCGAACUUUGGAGCAGGAGCAAGCGAGUUUUCCAGCAGAAGCGAGCGAGUUUUUAAGCGGAAGCGAACGAGUAUUGUGUUGUUCUGGCGGCGGGUGAAUCUGAAUUUGAAGUCAAGUCAUUAGCGUACAUGCAUGGCAAGCGAAAUAGAAGCCGUUUGUUUUCCUC